AAAAAGGUCUGAAAAGUUUAAUUCAAUCUUAAUGAAAAAUACAACAUUAGCAGGGGUAGUCUCUUUGCAUAUAUAGAAGAUACAUGCUGCCACUUAUAGUUUUUCCAGUUUAGUGUUAGAAGUUAGAGAGAGUACGCAAACUUGGUUUUUUUUGGUUAGUCAUUGUUUAUUCAUUUAUUUCUUUUUCUGGUGAAACAUUAGAUUCCAUCAGCAAUGACCGUUUUCUGAAUUCACACCAUUAUGCAUGUAUAUAUUAUAUAAGUUAUAUAAAUAUAUGAUUACUGCGAGAUGUCUCAAUGUUGUUGGCCUUCAAAGUUUUGAUCAUAUCAGGUUAUUAUUAAUUAUUGAUAUGGUGAAAUUUAAAAUGCGAUUAUUGAGUCAUGUUAAUUGAACCACAACUGCAUUUACAGAGUAGGAAUUCCUUGUUGACCAAUUCACUCGAUACAAACUUUUCAUUUUCUACAAUCUUGUAAGUUAGUCAGUGUUUGAUAUAAUAUUAUUUUUUUAAGCUGAGAAAGCAGUUCUUUAUUACUCAAUUGAAUUAUUUACUUAAGGUAAAGCCAAUGAAUUUCAUAACUAAAUAAACAAGAUUUCAAAAAGUACCUUCAUAGUCCAAAAGUACCGAGUAGAUAAAAACAAAAAUGGUUAGAUAAUUAGUGUCUUAACAAUAAUGGCAGAGAGUGCAGUGUCUUUUCUUCUCAACAAGCUUGCAAGUCUUGUCGAGAAUGAGGUGCAAUUGGUUAAAGGGGGUUGGGAAGAAAUUCUUUUUCUAAGAUGGGAACUAGAGAGAAUGAGGGCCUUUUUGAGGGAUGCAGAUGCAUUGGAAGAGAGUGAUGAGGAGCUCAAAAUCUGGGUCAAACAAGUGAGGGAUGUUGCUCAUGAUGCAGAAGAUGCCGUCGAUGAAUUCACUCUUCUCAGAGACCUUGAUCACGGGGAAGGCUUCUAUGGUUCUAUUAAUAAGCUUUGUCACAGUGUGAAGAAUGUCAAAGCUAGUUAUCGAAUUGAUUUUGAGUUGAAACGUAUCAACUCUCGCAUCAGAAGCAUCUUUGCUGCUCGUAAAAGACUUGAUCACAAGUUAGAUAUUGCCAUGAAGGGUUCAAGCUUAUUUCACUCAUCAGGUAAUGCAUGGCAUGAUCAACGUGACGAUGCUCUUCUUUUGGACAAUACUGAUCUUGUGGGAGUAGAUGAACCUAAGAAGAAACUAAUCAGGUGGCUGGUUGAUGGUGGUUCCGUACGUAAGGUGAUCUCGGUCACUGGAAUGGGAGGGAUGGGGAAGACGGCCUUGGUGAAAAAGGUUUUUGAUGAUUUGGAAGUGAAGACAUAUUUCAAGACUCGAGUUUGGAUUACAGUUUCUCAAUCAUACAGUCAAGAGGAACUCCUUAAAGAAUUCAUUCUAAGUCUCAAUUUCGCGAUGAGCAGAUCAUUUGAAAAAGGUGUGGACAACAUGAGCAUUGAUGAGAUGAAAGUGCUUAUCAAGAAGUAUUUGCAGAAAAGGAGGUACCUUGUUGUUCUUGAUGAUAUAUGGCACUUGCAUGAGUGGGAAGCUGUAAAAUAUGCUUUGCCUAACAAUAACAGCGGUAGUAAAGUAAUGCUCACAACACGUAAAGCUGAUGUAGCCUCUACAGCAGCUUGCACGCACUAUAGAGGAGAGGUCUAUAACUUAAUGCCUUUGGCCCGUAAUGAGUCAUGGGAUCUUUUCUGUGUAAAGGCUUUCCAAGAGAACUCAUGCCCUCCUUAUUUAUUCGAAAUCUGUGACUCUAUACUAAGGAAGUGUGAGGGCCUGCCUCUUGCAAUUGUAGCACUUAGUGGUGUUUUGGCUACAAAAGACAAGCGAAGAAUAGAUGAAUGGGAUGUGAUUCGGCGUAGUCUUGGAGCUGAGCUUCAUGGUAAUGACAAACUUGAGGAUUUGAAAAGAGUACUCUAUCUCAGUUUUAAUGAUUUGCCUUACUAUCUGAAGUCCUGUUUCUUGUACUUGAGCAUAUUUCCUGAGGGUCCAAUUAAGCGUAUGAGAAUUAUUCGCUUAUGGAUAGCUGAAGGAUUUGUGAACGCAAAAGAAGGAUGGACAUUGGAAGAAGUUGCAGAAGACUACCUCAAUGAGCUCUUGAAUAGAAAUCUAUUUCUAGUAGCAACAGAGAAAUCUGAUUGCAGGAUCAAAGCCUAUCGCAUUCAUGGUCUUCUGAGGGAGAUUAUCAUUUUGAAGUCAAGACAUCAGAAUUUUGCAUCCAUAGUUAAAGCACAAAACAGCAUUUGGCCUGACAGAACAAGACGCCUGUCAUUACAUGGAGCAUUGCCUUCUCAUGAGCGACAUAAAAGGUCAGCUUAUCAGCUUCGUUCGUUUUUCAUGUUUGGUGUAGAGCAAUCAUCAUUAAGGACAUAUUUUCCUGUUGGUUUUAAGCUGCUUAGGGUGUUUGAUAUGGAAGGUGCACCUUUGAAGAAAUUUCCAGUGGAAGUUGUGGACCUGUACUAUUUAAGGUAUCUAAGUUUGAGAAAAACUAAGGUGAAAACAAUUCCUAGAAGUAUAGGUAAGCUUAAAAAUUUGGAGACUCUUGAUCUUAAACAUACUAUGGUGACUGAGUUGCCACGUGACAUCUUAAAGCUUAAAAAACUUCGCCAUCUCCUAGUAUAUCAUAAUGACACUAGUGUCCCUUAUGCUCACUUCAAUAUAAAAUUUGGCUUUAAAGAAUUUUCUGGUAUAGGAGCAUUAACAUCACUACAACAAGUCUGUUUCCUUGAAGCAAAUGAAGCCUGCAGCAUGAUAAGUGAACUGAGGAACCUGAACCAGCUUAGAAGGUUAGGAAUUAUGAAACUUAGGAAGCAAGAUGGACCGGCUUUGUGCUCUUCGAUUGAAAGGUUGAUCAACCUUCGAGUACUGUCCAUAAAAUCAACUGCAGAAGAUGAGGAGAUUGAUCUUCAGCAACUUUCAUCCCCUCCUCGCUUCCUAGAAAGAUUGUACUUAACAGGACGUUUGGUAGAGUUGCCUCAUUGGAUACCAUCUCUACGUAGCUUGGGGAGGUUGUUUCUGAAAUGGAGCACAUUAAAGGGUGAUCCACUCGUGUAUCUCCAAGAUUUACCGAUUCUUGUUCAUUUAGAAUUGCUUCAAGCUUUUGAUGGAAACACAUUGCAUUUCAGAGCUGGAAAGUUUAAAAAGCUUAAGUUUUUAGGCCUAGACAAGUUUGACAAACUGGAAAGCGUUGAAGUUGGGAAGGGAGCUAUGCCUUGCCUUGAGAAGCUAAUCAUUCAGCGAUGCAAUUCGUUGUUUAAGGUUCCAUCAGGAGUUGAACACCUUACUGAGCUUAAAGGGAUUGAGUUCUUUGAUAUGCCAAAUGAGUUAAUCAUGAAGCUAUCCCCAGAUGGUAAGGGAGAAGACUAUUGGAAAGUUGCUCAUGUCCCAGAAGUUUGCUCUACCUAUUGGAGAGAUGGUGGUUGGGAUGUUUAUUCAAUUGAAAGUUUCAGAGAAAGAGAGAAGACUCCACCAGCUGGCACAGUUGUGAGGAGCCAUCGAUGCAGGACUCUAUGGAAGGUUUAGUACUAAUUAUUACAUUACUAAACAUGACUGUAAUUUCUGUUAUGAAAAAGAAGAAAUCACCUGUAAUUAAUUGUUAGGCAGACACUCAUUGUACAUGACCCAACUGAGAAUAAGGUGUACUUUUAAUUCACCAUAUUCUAUUGUUGUACAUGAAAAUGAUAUUGAAUGCUUAUUGUACUAAAGUCAUAUUAAGUGGCACCGAGGUGUUGUUCAUAUUA